AGAGAGAGAGAGAGAGAGAGAGAGAGAGAGAGAGAGAGAGGAAGAACAGAGCUCAACCACUCUCAAAUCUCAAUUUCGAAGCUAAAACCCUAACGUCUUUUGGCUUGAAUUCCUCCCUAUUUCUCUCCGUCGUUGAUUUUUUUUUGCAUUUUUUUCUCUCUCGCUCGCUGUUCUUCGCAUUGUUCAUUAGAUCAGAGGAAAAGAGAAGAGAAAAAAAAAAUCUCGCUCGUCCUCGUCUUUCUCUCUCAUUUUCCGGGAAAAGUUUUCGGAUCUUCGCGAGCUUUAUAAUCAUGGUGUUUUGGGUAUUUGGAUAUGGCUCACUGGUGUGGAACCCAGGAUUUGAAUUUGAUGAGAAAAUUGUAGGUUACAUCAAGGAUUAUAAGCGCGUAUUCGACCUCGCAUGCAUUGAUCACAGAGGCACGCCAGAAAAUCCUGCUAGAACUCUCACGUUGGAACAGGAAGAAGGAGCUAUUUGUUGGGGAGCAGCUUUCUGUGUGCGGGGGAGUCCUGAAAGGGAACGAGCAGCAAUGGAGUAUUUGGAGCAGAGAGAGUGUGAAUAUGAUCAAAAGACAUUGGUUAACUUCUACAAGGAAGUGGACUCUCUUGAGCCAGCGCUUACAGGAGUAAUUGUUUUCACGUCGACUCCCGACAAAGAAGUGAACAAAUACUACCUCGGUCCAGCUCCAUUAGAGGACAUGGCUAGACAAAUUGCAACUGCUUCUGGGCCUUGUGGAAACAAUAGAGAUUAUAUUUUCAUGUUAGAGAAGGCAUUGUUUGACAUAGGUCACGAGGAGGAAAUGGUGAUCGAGCUCGCGAACGAGGUGAGAAAGGUCGUCGAUCUCCUCAAGAAUGGAAUCUCGAUGGACAACAAGCUGCUCGGAGCAGCGCCCCACGUAGUAGUACUCAACCCGCACUUACCGUCCUUAGAACUGCAACCACUUCCAGAAGCCAUAGCCACAGAUUCGUGAUUCCUAAAUCUCACAAACCAGGCAAACCAGAGACUUUGUAGUGUGAUGGUUAACAACAGUUCAGUUACUACCAUUUGACCUGUACUUGUACUUCUAGGAAUAAACUUUGCAAUUUGUUACCGUUUUGGGUUAGUUCUGUAUGUUUCACGGCCUUGAACUUUGGACAUUAUAAUCAAGUUCUAAGUUUAUUUGAAUGAACCAUAACUGCUGCAAACA